CUCAGAGGGGCGAAGCUUUGUGACGCGCAAGGGGCCAGAAUUGUGAAACUGUCCCGGGAGAGGCUAUGUACCCCCCAUCCUUGUUCCUGUAAAUUCCGAGAAGGAAGAACUAACAAAGAACUAACAGGGUCAAUGACUUCAGUCUGUGUGGUUUCUUGGUUGAACUUCGGGUUCCUUAUGGCGCGCAACAGGUAGCCAGUAUCACUGUGAGGACGGAAUACAUUGCAUGAUGUUUAUUCAAGCUAACAAUCUAAUCUCUGAUCGCUUUAAUGAACUCGAUUUUUACAAGUAGGAUCAUCUGUGGAACGUUGAGAAUAGCCUACUGAUAUAUGAUAUGUCCGCGCAAGGGUUGCUGAGCAGCGUUUUCUCAUGCUCCUCGCCAACAUCCAAAACAAUGUCCAAACGGAGACUGAGACAGACUAGAAGUUUGGAUUCAACUUUGAUAAGACACUGUGGGACCGAAACGGAUGGGACAUCGGGUCAAACAGAUCAAAAGUCGCUUUACCUAAGUGUAAAUCAUGGUCGUUACCUCCGAGCCUCAAACGAAAGCCUCUCCAAACUGGAUGCGCCACUUACAGCUGGGGCAAAACAAUGUCAGUCAGCAUCCUCAAGCCUGUCAAUAUAUUUGGAUACUUCUGGCCAAUUCGACUACGAUUCCAAGGCCACUAAAAGAAGCACGGCAUGGGAUUUACCUUUUCUUGUCAGAAGCCCCGUUACUCCAACCGGAAGCUCAAGCACUUUAUUUUCACCUAGAAAGUGGCUUCAAAAGAAGCCAUCUCCACCAUCCAUCCCUCAAUCAUACGCUGUAUGGAAAUCCGAGGGUGCCUUCACGUGGAACAGCAUGUCAGGGCGGAGCGUUCGUCUGAAGCCUGUGCCCCUCCAGAGCCUCUCAGAGCUGGAGAGAGUCCGCCUGCAAGAAGUGGCCUUCAGCAGGCUGCUCCAGGAAUACAACCUGGGCUGCCAGAUCACCAUCCCCAAAGAUGGUCAAAAGCGUAAGAAGUCCCUCAGGAGGAAGUUGGAUUCACUGGCCAAAGAGAUGAGUAAAGACAAAGAGGCAACGCCCCAGGCCUUCGGCAUACUUCUGUCGCAGGUGAUCUCUAACGAUCGCACCCACAAGCAGCGUCAGGAGCCCCAGCGCGAGGAGCACCGUGACCCCAGUGACCUGGUGUCCUCCCUGCUACACCUCACCUCACGGAAGAGCACCAAAGACAAGGAGCUGUCCAGCAGCAACUCGUCUCUCAGCUCCACCUCUGAGACGGCCACUGAGUCACCGUCACCCAGCACACCCGAAGCAGCAACACACACCCGCAGAAGGGGAGGAGUGUCUGUGGAUUGCAUCACUGACCUGGAUGACAAUCAGUCUCGCCUGCUGGAAGCCCUGCAGCUGUCCCUACCAGCCGAGACACCCAGCAACAGGAAGAAGCAGAGGGACAAGAAGCUUAGCCUCAACCCCAUCUAUAGACAGGUUCCCAGGGUGGUGGAGAUGUGCUGCCUGCAUCUGGAGAAAUAUGGUCUACAGACAGUUGGCAUCUUCCGUGUAGGGAGCUCAAAGAAGAGAGUGCGGCAGCUCAGAGAGCAGUGUGACCUGGGAAUGGAGGUCCAGCUGGACGAGGCUAACAGUGUCCAUGAUGUGGCCGCGCUGCUUAAGGAGUUCCUGAGGGAUAUGCCUGAACCCCUGCUGACCAGAGAGCUCUACACCGCAUUCCUCAACACCAUGUUACUGGACCAUCCAGACCAGGAGAGCACCAUCCAGCUACUGGUGUAUCUGCUGCCGCCGUGCAACAGUGACACCCUGCAACGCCUCCUGGAGUUCCUGGCCACGGUGACCGCCCACGCAGAGGACAGUCAGGACAGGGACGGACAUGAGAUCACCGGGAACAAGAUGACAUCACUCAACUUGGCCACCGUCUUUGGGCCCAACCUUCUACACAAGCAGAAGAGCUCGGACAAGGAGUUUACUGUUCAGAGUGUUGCCCGCGCAGAGGAGAGUACAGCCAUCAUUGGCGUGGUACACAGCAUGAUCACCACGUAUGAGACCCUCUUCAUGGUGCCGCCUGACCUGCAGAAUGAGGUUCUGAUGAGUCUACUAGAGACGGAUCCUGACGUGGUGGAUUACCUCCUGAGGAGGAAGGAUUCUCAGCACUCUGGUCCAGGCCCUCUGAGGACUGAGGAUCCCUUCUCUUUGAGGGAGAGGCGUUGCUCCAGUGACUCCAACAAGGCCUCCAGUGGGGAUGUGUCCCCCUAUGACAACAACUCACCAGUGCUGUCAGAGCGGCUGCUCUCCCAGCCCCAGGAGGACAGGAACCUCCUCUCUGAUAGGCUGUUCAGGGUUCCAGAGCAGUACACACUGGUUGGCCACGUCAAAGGUCGUCCUAGCAUCACCUGUCACUCACCAUCCACAGGCAAAGACACACCUGAUGAACAUGUCUGGGGUGCCUGGCAUGCCUCUCUAAGGAAAGGGUUUAUGGAUCAUCACAUCACUGGUUCCCAUGGCGACGUUUCGGAACACGGCUCCUGCGGCUCAUCAGAGGGACUCGACCGUCACCAAGGUAACAACAGCAAACUGCCUGUCAGACGAACUUAUACCUCAUUAGGUGUGCCUGAGUGCAGACCACACCCCCCGGUGAUUCGCUGCAGUAGUAGCCCUCUGACGGAGAGAGGGCAAAGACCGCAGGGUACCGACUCAUUAUUACAUCACCGACCACAGGGAAGACCAGGGGCCGACAGCUCAGAGGACCUCGCACUAAGAGGAGGAGUGUCACAGCCUGCCAGUCCCUCCCUCAGAGGCAGGCCUGGCGGCAGGGUGGAUGGAAGGCCUCCCCCUCCGUACCCUGGACCUCUCAGAGGAACACACAGAGAAUGUUCUCCCUCUACACCUUCCCUCUCCCUCUCCACGCACCAGUGUGUGACCCCACAGAGCCCCCAACGGCCCCCCCAGGGCAGCUGCAGCCCCAGGAACCGGACUGUGGCCCCUAAGAACCCCUCCUCUAGUCCUCUGGAAGGAAAGGUGCCAGUCAGCCCAGACUGGCAGAGAGAGAGUUGGCAGAUAUGGAAGCUCUUAUCAACAGACAACACAGACACACUACCAGAGACACUGGUGUGAUGCGUUGAGUAGAAUCACUAACUUCAACUACUGUGUUACCAAGGGGAGAGGAGGGAUGGGGGGGGGGGUGUUCCUGUAUGAUUAUGUUGAUCAGCUACUUACUGAGAUGUGCCAAUUGUCUGUGAGUAACGGCGUGUUUGUUUGUUAAUGUUGUUGUUUCACUCUCCUCAUGUGUUACCUAAACUUUUUUCAGAAGCUUGACUCCAACAUGUUGUCACUAAGACAUACCUUAACAGAGACACAAGUUAACAUCACUGAGAUGUGACUGUCUGAGUCUUUGGGGGGGGGGGGCGUAAUAACAAAACACAUUAUUUUCAUACCGUGUAAUUUAUGUGUUUUAUAAUGUUAUUUUUUCCCAACUCAGACUAAUGGUGUAUGAAUGAAUCUGAAUGGAUCAAUACUAGUGGCUUACGUACAAUGUUCAUUUUUAUAUUCUAAUAUCAUCCUAUGAGAUAAAAUGCUGAUAUUAUAACCGAAAUCAAAUACAUUUAUCAUAUUGAAACAAGAGGUGUCUUUGUGCUAUUUCUCUGUUGGUGGAGCUGUUGCCAAACAAAUGAAAACCCAUUGUGUUUUUGUUACUGCCGUUACACUUAAAUGUGAUGUUUUGGUCACUAGCUUUUACAACUAAUGUUCAUGGCCUUCUGUAACUGAUUGUAAUACACAACUUUAGCUGAUUCUAAUAUUCAUCCAUUCACUCAUCCAUUCACAGCUGUAACUGAUAUUAAUAUUCAUCCAAACACAGCUAUAACUGAUUCUAAUAUUCAUCCGUUCACUCAUCCAUUCACAGCUGUAACUGAUUCUAAUAUUCAUCCAUUCACUCAUCCAAACACAGCUGUUACUGAUUCUAAUAGUCAUCCAAACACAGCUGUUACUGAUUCUAAUAGUCAUCCAUUCACAACUGUAACUGAUUCUAAUAGUCAUCCAUUCCCUCAUCCAUUCACAACUGUAACUGAUUCUAAUAGUCAUCCAUUCACUCAUCCAAACACAGCUGUAACUGAUUCUAAUAGUCAUCCAUUCACUCAAACAAACACAGCUGUAACUGAUUCUAAUAGUCAUCCAUUCACAGCUGUAAAUGAUUCUAAUAGACAUCCAUUCACAGCUGUAACUGAUUCUAAUAUUCAUCCAUUCACUCAUCCAAACACAGCUGUAACUGAUUCUAUUAGUCAUCCAUUCAGAGCUGUAACUGAUUCUAAUAGUCAUCCAUUCACUCAUCCAAACACAGCUGUUACUGAUUCUAAUAGUCAUCCAUUCACAACUGUAACUGAUUCUAAUAGUCAUCCAUUCACUCAUCCAAACACAGCUGUAACUGAUUCUAAUAGUCAUCCAUUCACUCAUCCAUUCACAACUGUAACUGAUUCUAAUAGUCAUCCAUUCACUCAUCCAAACACAGCUGUAACUGAUUCUAAUAGUUAUCAAUUCACUCAUCCAAACACAGCUGUAACUGAUUCUAAUAGUCAUCCAUUCACUCAUCCAAACACAAGUGUAACUGUCAUCCCCCUGUUUUUAUUAUGAUGGGGAAAAUGAAACUUGAACAUACAGAACAUUAUGAAUGUAAUUCCCCAAUAUUCAAGAUAUAACCAAAGUAUCUUAGUUUGUUAUUGAAUGUACCAAGUUUUUUUAUGCCCCCACAUCUUAAGGGGAAAUGAAGGUACUGCAAUAUAUAAGUCAUUACUUUCACUAAGAUUUUUGUUGUUUGAAUAUUUGCUGCAAAUCUGGGCACACACUGUUUGAAUCAAAGUUGUCUCGACGUCAUUUCAAUUAAAUUACAUUGCACCAACGUGGAAUAGACGUUGAAUUGA